CUGAAGUUUGCGUGAUCUGUCAGUGUGUUUUCAGUGUUUUUCUCCCAGUUUAAUGUCAGUUUUUCUCUCGUCGUUCUCAAUUUUGAAAUAUUUAAUUUGUUAUCGUCUUUAACAUUCUAAUACAUAACUCACGUCGCCAAUCGGUAUAUUGCUAGUGAACAAACAAGUUUCGAGUCAUGUCGAUAGCUCAGGAUCGUCCCGAAUUGUACGAAGAAGUUAAAUUGUACAAGAAUGCUCGGGAGAGGGAGAAACAUGACAAUCAAGCGGAUCUGUAUGCUGUGGUAAAUACUCUGCAACAUUUGGAAAAGGCCUACAUCAGAGACUGUGUUACGCCAAAGGAAUACACGGCAGCGUGCAGUAAAUUGUUGGUGCAAUAUAGGGCAGCGUUCAAACAGGUGCAGAGCGAUCAGUUUCCAACAAUUGACUCCUUCACCAGAGCGUUCCGAUUGGAUUGUCCGGCCGCUCUUGAGAGAAUCAAGGAAGACAGACCGAUCACAAUAAAAGACGACAAAGGCAACACUUCCAAGUGCAUUGCUGACAUUGUUUCGCUGUUCAUCACGCUUAUGGAUAAAUUGCGGCUGGAGAUCAAAGCUAUGGAUCAAUUGCAUCCGGAUCUGCGAGAUCUCAUGGACACCAUGAAUCGUCUGAGUAUAUUACCCAGCGAUUUCGACGGCAAAGUUAAAGUUGCGGAAUGGCUGCAAACUCUGGACAACAUGUCCGCUUCGGACGAAUUGUCCGAGACUCAAGUCAGACAAUUGAUAUUUGAUUUAGAAACGUCCUAUAACGCUUUUAACAAGAUACUUCAUAAUUCUUAAGGUUUGCAGUUUUCUGAAGAAUUGAGGUAAUUUAAUUGUGUUUAUAUAAAUUAACUUUCUUUCUCUUUGAUGAGAGCAAUAAGAGAGCUUGCCGUUUUUAUAUCACUUUGCAAGUUUUAUCCUGUUUCUCGUGCGAGGCUAGCAAUUUAACUUCUAUGCGUACAUUUUUAUCAAUCGAAAUAUGUCAAUAUACGUGUUUAUGUCAGCAUUUAUGCAUAUAUAUAUAUAUAUGUGUAUAUAUAUAUAUAUAUA